CCUUGCUCCCAUCGUCUCUCUCUCUCUCUUUCUCGAUGACGCCAUAUUUUAAUUGAACCGCCUUCCUUUGUCUCUUUCCCCAACCCCCUUCAAAACCACCUCCCUAGCCCCAUACUCCUCGGCUCCCUCUCUCUCUCUCUCUCUCUGAGAUACAGGGACGAUGUCAUCCGGGUUUCUGUCCGCUGCCCCGGUUGCCGGCUUGGCCUCCAUCGGCCUGAGAUCUGAUGCCUUCGGCAAGCUGUUCCCGGAGACGGGCUCGGUUCAGUGGCGGGCGAGAACCGUCUCUAAUGGCUCCAGAGUCCACUGCAUGAAGACAUGGAACCCAAUCAACAAUAAGAAGUUUGAGGCACUCUCUUAUCUGCCACCCCUCGCUGAGGAAUCAAUAGCAAAGGAGGUCGAUUAUAUGCUCUCAAAAGGAUGGAUCCCCGCCUUGGAAUUCGACGAGGUGGGAGAAGUUCAUAGAGCCAACAGCCGGAACCCCGGCUACUACGAUGGAAGGUAUUGGACACUCUGGAAGCUGCCAAUGUUUGGGUGCACUGAUUCUGCUCAAGUCCUUCAAGAGAUUGGCGAGUGCAAGAAGGCAUACCCGAAUGCUUACAUUCGCAUGCUGGCCUUCAACAGCAAGCGCCAGUGCCAGUGCAUGUCCUUCGUCAUCCACAAGCCCUCCACUACCAGUGCUGCUAAUGCCUGAAGAGCCUUUUUCUGUCUUAAGAAUUUAGUCUCUCCCCUGAACAGGAGAAUAAGAUGGGGACAUGGGACCGUUCUUUUCCUUAAAUCAGCCAUCUCCUAUUUACUCGUUCCUGCUUUUGAGCCGAGUUAUGGUAGUAGCUUAAUGAAAAGAUUUAAGUAAGUGCUUGAUGCAAUAUCUUGGUUCUGUCGACCAAUGAAGUAAACCAUUUCUGGCCUUGGUUGAACA